UUGUUUUCACCCACCCACUAUAUUUUUUUACCAUCCACGUCUUAUCCAUUCUCACCUUCCUCAUUUCUGAUCGCUGUUCGUAUUUUACUUUUAUUCUCUCGGCUGUACAACUUCUCUGAUCCAAGUACCCCUAUCAAUAAUCAACAUUAUCACAUUCUCAUGUUUUUUUUGUAUAAUGUUUCAUACUUCAGCAUUUCUUCGACGCUAGUAUUUCUUAAUCUUGUAAUUUAAAGAAACGCGUUUGGCUAUGUCUGUGUAGCCAUGAAAAGAAAAAAGGGUUCAAUAACUCUUGCUAGGGCUAGCCUAAGAUGCAAUAAAGCAAAAGGGAGAGUUGAUGAAUCAGAAAGUCAUGAUGGACUUUUUCCAUACUUUGAUAAUCUUCCAUCCCACAUCACCACCCAAAUUCUGCUUCAACUUUCCAUUAAGUCUCUUCUCAUUUGUAAAUGUGUGUGCAAGAUUUGGAAAACAAUGAUUUCGGAACCACAUUUUGCUAAAUUGCAAUUUGAGCGAGCGCCCCUUAGUCUCAUGAUUCGGACAAAUGAUGGUAGACUAGUGUCAAGAACCAUGUACCUUCUUGAGUGUGAUCAUGAAAAGUUUGAGAUUGGAAGCAACAAUCAUGUGAAGCUUGCGCCUAUAUUUAAGCUUCCUCUUCGUAAUGCCAACUCAUAUAGGGAGAAAAUCGAGAAUAAACCCAAGCGCCCUAUUCGUGCUGCGAGAUUAGCUUUGGAGAAAAAUGGAGAGAAUAGUAAUGGGGAUAGUCAAAGGCUUAAUAUUGAUUUCAAGCCAUAUUAUGAUAAGUUUGGUGUUGCGAAUUCUUGCAAUGGCUUGCUUUGUUUGUGUUGCCCAUCUGACGAACACCCUUUAUCGAUUUGCAACCCGGUCACUGGGGAGUUUAUUAAACUUCCUGAAGCUACCAUUAACACUCAUGAUGAGAGAAGUCCGCUAAAUAUGCGAGGACAAGUUGGUUUUGGUUUCCAACCUAAAACUAAUGAAUAUAAGGUGAUAAGAAUAUGGGGCAGUGAUGUUAAACGAGGCAAUCGUUGGGUGUUUGAUCGUAUGGUCCUUGAGAUAUAUACACUUGGAACACCAUCAUGGAGAAAUGCUGAAGUGGAUCCCCAAAUUUCUAUUGGAUCAAAUAUAUGGCUUCGUUAUCCCACUUGUGUGAAUGGUACGAUUCAUUGGAUCAGAUUUAAGGGUCAAGAAAGGUCUAUAUUGUGUUUCUGUUUAGAAAAUGAGAGGUUGCAAUCAUUUCCUUCUCCUCCAGUGUUACAAAAUCAAAAUAAUGGAUUUCGUCAUAACGAGUGUAUUCGCAUUGGAGAAUUAAGGGGAUUACUUUAUAUUUGUGAUACAUCUUUUUUCCGUGAUGUUGCAAUGUGGGUUAUGAAUGAAUAUGGCAUUGGAGAAUCAUGGACUAAGGUUUACAACAUCGAUACUUUGGUCAGUCCUUUGGGCAGACCUGAUUCGCAGCGUUAUGGUAUAUGAUGGCCGGUAAAACACUUUGAAGAGGGGGCUGCCAUAUUGUUAUAUCAUUCCUGCAAUUGUCUUAUCUACUAUGAACCCGAGAAACUUGGUUUCAAAGUUUUUAGAAUUCAAGGCACUUCUUCCGAGUUUGUUGAAAUAAUUCCACAUGUUCCAAGUCUAAUCUCAUUGAAGGAUGUCGUGAAAGGAGACAAUAUCGAGGUGCUGAAUAUCCACUCAAGGUGUGCAAAUGUUGAAUUGCCGGAAGAAAAUGAAGUUCUUUCCUUGUCUCAACAAACUGUUUGAGAUUUGGAAUGACAAUAUUGAUGGUGAAGAAUUCGGCGAUGAGCCCAUAUCUUAAGAGAAGUAUGCAAAUUUUAAAUUAAGUGAAGAAAAUGAAGAUCUUGAAUGACGAUUUGGCAAGUGCUCUCCUCCUUCGAGGACAAGGCUUUUGAUGAAGAGAAGAGUACAACUAAAAACAAGGAAUUUUCAUACAGCAGGAAGGUUUAUGCUAAAUCACAAUUAUGAUAUUUGAAAGAAAAAAAAUGCAUAUCUCAUUUUAGGAUGCAAAUGAUGUCUUUUUUUGUAAACUUUAAUUAAGAUGUUCAGUAGUUAUCAUCUAUGGUUUUACUAGAUUGACUUGUUAUCUUGUUGGCAAUGGUUUAGAAAAAGACAAUGAUUGUUGCUCAACUAUUUCAUUCAUCUAUCUCAUUUUCCUAGACUCCCUUGGUUUUGUCAA